AUGAAUGUUUAUAGUGGAAGUUCUUCAUCAAAUAUUACUACUCAUGAUCACUUUAUAUCACAAUAUUACAACAACAAUAUCAAUCAAAGUAUUCAUCCUUCAAUUACUACUCAUCACUUCAAUCAUGAUGAUGAUCAUACAAACAUCAGCACCAAUAUCAUGGAUAAGAAUAAGAAAAUCAAGAUCAAGAACAUGAAGAAGAUUAAGGUGGCUUCAACUGCUAAUUGUUUCGAAGAACAACAACAACGACAACUCAAAUCGGAUAUUCAAUUCCAAACACACAAAGUGGUGACAGAAAGAAGAAGUCAAAAGCUUAGUGAUAAGAUUACAGCUCUUCAAAAACUGGUUUCUCCCUAUGGCAAGACUGAUACAGCUUCAGUACUUGAGGAGGCUUUCAUUUCAAUUACAGAACUCCAAAUACAUAUUAAGAACAUGUCUCUUAUGUUCAUGAGUAAUAACCAUUUGGAUUCCCAGAAAAGUGAAGAUCAAAUGGAGUUACAAAGAAUGGGACUUUGCCUAGUUCCAUUGACAGCAAUUCAUUCCAAAUUUGAGGGCAAAAGCAAAUUAAUACCAAAUUCAUUGAAUUAUCAUUAUUAG